AUGUCUGUGGUGGACUUGGCUGAGACUUACAAGGUAAACGGGCCCACUGAGACUUGUGUGGAACCCGACCUCAGCCCGACCCGGAGCUGUGGGGACAAGCUGCUUUGUGAGGAGACCUUCACUAGCUAUCCGUUCAGCAGCUGCCAGUACCUCCUGGAUGUGGAAUCGUUUACCAAGGCGUGCAUGGCAGACAUGUGUAACUCAGAAGAGAACACCACAGAGUCCAUCUUGUGCAAAACCAUCUCAGAGUUCUCCAGACAGUGCGUCCAUGCAGGUGGAAGCCCCCAGCCUUGGAGGAACGAAACCUUCUGCUACAAGCGAUGCCCAUACAACAUGGAGUUUCUAGAAUGUAGCCGGCCAUGUCAGGACUCCUGCUCCAACCCACAGGCCAGUCAGACCUGUGACAGCCACUGCCACGAUGGCUGCAGCUGCCCUGCAGGAAUGGUGUUUGAUGACAUUGGUAACACAGGAUGUGUCACAGCUGAUCAGUGCCCAUGUCUCCAUGGCAACCAGAUCUACCAGUCAGGAGAGUCCUACUCAUUCAACUGUAGAUCCUGUGUUUGUGAGAGAGGCCACUGGACGUGUACGGAGGAAAACUGCUCAGGAACCUGUUCGGUGGAGGGAGGAGCUCAUGUUACCACCUUUGACGGGAAAAUGUACACCUUCCACGGAGACUGUUCCUACGUUCUGGCUAAACAGAGUGAUGGCUCCCUCUACACUGUGUUGGUGGACCUGGUCAAAUGUGGUCUGACAGACAGCAGGACGUGUCUCAGAGCCGUUACUCUGGCCCUGGGCAGUAAUGCCGUGGUCAUCAAAAUUCAAGCAUCUGGGCAAGUCUAUGUCAACAAUAUUCUUUCUCAGCUUCCAUUGUUUACAUCUGAGCUGAGUGCCUUUGGGCCAUCCUCCUUUUAUGUUGUAAUCAGCACCAAAGUGGGAAUCCAAGUGAUGGUCCAGCUCUCUCCUGUGAUGCAAGUCUUUGUUUCAGCUGAUGUGUCACUCAAAGGAGCCACCUCCGGAUUAUGUGGGAACUUCAACAACAUAAUGAGUGAUGACUUCCUGGUGAUUAGUGGACUUGUGGAGGGAACUGCUGCAGCAUUUGCCAACACAUGGAAGACCAGAGUCAGCUGUCCUGACAUCGUGCCAUUCUUUGGAGAUCCUUGCAGCCAGGACAUUAGCAGAGAGAACUAUGCACAGUACUGGUGUUCCAAAUUGACUGAUCCGCUGGGAGUGUUUGCCCCUUGCCACUCUGUUGUCAGCCCCAGCUCAUACAAAGACAACUGCAUGUACGAUGGCUGUAACUGUGAAAAAAGUGAAGACUGCAUGUGUGCUGCAGUCUCCUCAUAUGUCUACGCCUGCUCAGCGGCAGGAGUCCACAUCAGCGGCUGGAGGGAAACCAUCUGCGGAAAAUUUAGCGAAUCUUGUCCAUCAGAAACAGUUUAUGAGUACAACAUGACCUCCUGUGGUCGGACGUGUCGUUCCCUCAGCCAGGCUGAUUACUCCUGCCAGGUCAGCUUCGUCUCUGUGGACGGCUGCGGCUGUGCUGAGGGAACCUACAUGAAUGAAGGGGGACAGUGUGUGUCCAGUGCGAACUGCCCCUGCUACGAUAAGGACACCUUUAUUCCUGCUGGACAGACCAUCAUCAAAGAUGGAGUAACAUGUGUCUGCAGACAUGGGGCCCUCAGCUGCUCAGGAGGAGCCAGACUACAAAGCUCCACAUCAUGCGUCCCCCCCAUGAUUUAUUUUGAUUGCUCCACUGCUCAGCCUGGCACCACUGGGGCUGAGUGUCAGAAGAGCUGCAGCACGGUGGACAUGCCUUGUAUCAGUACAGGCUGUACAUCUGGAUGUGUGUGCCCAGAAGGCCUGCUGUCAGACGGAGCAGGAGGCUGCAUCAAUGAGACAAGCUGUCCAUGUGUCCACAAUGGACACGUCUACCAGCCAGGACAGACUCUCACAGUGGACUGUAACACCUGUUCAUGCAGUGGACGAACGUUCACUUGUACCAGCAAUGUUUGCAAUGCAGUGUGUGGGAUCUAUGGAGAUGGUCAUUAUAUUACAUUUGAUGAUAAAAGGUUUGACUUCAGUGGAGAAUGCGAAUACACACUCCUACAGGAUUAUUGCAGCCCUGGUCAGGGAAACGGAAGCUUCAGUAUUAUCACUGAGAAUGUUCCAUGCGGAACCACUGGGACCACCUGCUCCAAGACCAUUAAGAUCUAUCUGGAGGAUAAUGAAUUCCAUCUUAAGGAUGACAGUUUCCAGGUGAUAAAAGGAAACAUCAAUGUUCUCCCUGCUUCUGUACAAAAAAUGGGUAUUUACCUGGUGGUGACCGUCCAAUCAGGGCUGGUAGUCAUGUGGGACCAGAAGACCAGCCUUUUCAUUUCUCUCAGUCCACAGUUCCAGGGGGAAGUGUGUGGCCUUUGCGGGAACUACGAUGGCAACAGUAAAAAUGAUUUUACCACACGCUCUCAAGAGACUGUGACAGAUGUUUUAGAGUUUGGGAACAGCUGGAAAGUGUCAUCUAGUUGCUCUAACGCCCAGCUUCUCAGUGAUCCCUGUGCCUCCAACCGCUACCGGGCAGCCUGGUCUCAGAAGCAGUGCAGCAUCAUAACCAGCGCCACCUUCCACAGCUGUCAUGCAAAAGUCGAUCCUGGCCCAUACUAUGAUUCUUGUGUGAGAGACUCCUGUGCUUGUGACACUGGAGGUGACUGUGAGUGUUUCUGCACUGCUGUGGCUGCCUAUGCCAAAGCUUGCAGCACAGCUGGAGCCUGCAUCAGAUGGAGAACUCCAAAGUUGUGCCCUAUUUUCUGUGACUAUUAUAACUCCCCUGGUGGCUGUGAAUGGCAUUACAAGCCUUGUGGAGCUGACUGCAUGAAGACAUGCAGGAAUCCCUCAGGAAACUGUACCAAACUCAUCACUCACAUGGAAGGUUGCUAUCCACAGUGUUCUCAAACCAAGCCUUUCUUUGAUGAAGACACAAUGAAAUGUGUAAACUGGGACCAAUGUGGAUGCUAUGAUGACAAAGGCAUUCAUUACAGCACAGGCGAGAAGGUUCCAUCCAACAGCUGUUACACUUGGUAUGUCUCAUAUAUCAUUGAUCAUCCAAUUUUUGAAACCACUACUUCAGUGCCAGAAGCAACAAGCAGAAGGAGUGAAACUACAAUCGUAUCAUCAAAGCCAUCUCUUCAUACAACCACUACAGAAGGCCCUAUCACAUCUACAAAACGAGCCACAACUGAAUCUGUCGAAACUACGUUCUCAGAAACAACAACAGUAAAGAUUGGAACAACAAACCCCUCGAAAGUUGGCACAACAGGCCCUGUGACUGGCUCCAUAACAGAAGUUGUUGAAUCCACAACUAUAGUACCAGGAAUCAUGUCAACAAGCCAAGAAACAUCGCUUGUUACAUCUACUCCCUCUGUUGUUACCAAAACCACAACACCACCUUCCAGAACCACUGGAGCAAUUACAACAAAAGCUUCUGAAGCAUCUACAACCCAAGGUCCCUCAACGAAUGUAGCAAUUUUUGAAACCACUACUUCAGUGCCAGAGGCAACAAGCAGAAGGAGUGAAACUACAAUCGUAUCAUCAAAGCCAUCUCUUCAUACAACCACUACAGAAGGCCCUAUCACAUCUACAAAACGAGCCACAACUGAAUCUGUCGAAACUACGUUCUCAGAAACAACAACAGUAAAGAUUGGAACAACAAACCCCUCGAAAGUUGGCACAACAGGCCCCGUGACUGGCUCCAUAACAGAAGUUUUUGAAUCCACAACUAUAGUACCAGGAGUCAUGUCAACAAGCCAAGAAACAUCACUUGUUACAUCUACUCCCUCUUUUGUUACCAAAACCACAACACCACCUUCCAGAACCACUGGAGCAAUUACAACAAAAGCUUCUGAAGCAUCUACAACCCAAGGUCCCUCAACGAAUGUAGGUACAAGAAAGCCCAUUGAAGUAACUUCUGGUCAAUUAACAUUCUCCACCACAGCAAUUUUUGAAGACACAACUUCAGUGCCAGAGGCAACAAGCAGAAGGAGUGAAACUACAAUCGUAUCAUCAAAGCCAUCUCUUCAUACAACCACUACAGAAGGCCCUAUCACAUCUACAAUCAGAGCCACAACUGAAACUGUUACACGGUCUGAAACAACCUUUGCUGUUAUAACCGGACAGUUACACACAUCAAGCAUACUUACAAAUCCAUCCAUAAAAAACACAACAGCCUUAACCACUGAAAGCCCAGUUAGUGCUACAACUGUCAUUGCACCCAUUACACAGACACUCCCAGGAACUGCAACAGUUUAUCCACCUUCAUCAACUGGAGCAACUUUUCCUUCAUCUUCACAAUUUACCACAGCUUUAUGUGUGUGUAAUGUUAACGGAACAUCUCAUCAUUCGGGAGACUUGUUAUACAAUGUUACUGAUGGCCUUGGGUGGUGUUACAGUGCAUAUUGCAAUGCAUCCUGUAAGGUUGAAACACAAUCCAGCCCAUGUCCAACCACAUCAAUAUCUAGCACUACUGCACAUUCUUCUACUUCAUUACUGAGCUCAACCACAAAGGCCCCAACUUCAACCUCUGGACCCAUGACCACAGUAACAACAUUAGCAUCUACAGCUACUCUAGAGUGCUCUGAUGUGUAUCCACCAAGACAGAAUGGAGAGUCCUGGAAUACUAGCAAUUGCACCACAGCUACUUGCAUCGAAGGCAAGGUAACGGUCACAGCUACAGUCUGUCCAAAUGUAACCCUCCCCAUCUGUACCAAUGGGAGGAAACCUGUCAAGAUCUAUGAACAAAAUGGAUGUUGCUUCCACUAUGAAUGUGAAUGUGUAUGUAAUGUCUGGAGUGGAUCCAACUACAUGACAUUUGAUGGACAAAUGUAUAAUUUUCAACAGAAUUGCUCUUAUUACUUAGUUAAGGAGAUUAUUUCAAAACAUAACUUAACAAUUACUAGAAGCAAUAACUGUGAUCCUUCAGACAGCACAUUCUGCCCUCUGGCUCUAAGUGUCACAUAUCAAUCAGUAAAGGCAGUUUUGACUCAAGUGAAAACUUCAGGAACACCAACCAAUGUGGUGUAUGUGAAUCAGAAACGUGUCUAUCCAGCAUAUAGCAAUUCUGUUAUGCUGCUUUAUGGCACAGAUAUGGAGAUCACAGCAGUGAUACAGGAUAUCAACACAAGAAUAGUCUAUAGAGGCUCCUCCUUCAGUAUUGACCUUCCUUAUUCUCUGUUUGGGGGAAACACUGAGGGACAAUGUGGUACCUGUGACAACUCGCAGGCCAAUGACUGCCGUUCUCCAAAUGGCCAGAUAGAAAGCUGCUCAGAAUCUGCAGGACUCUGGACUCUCCCCGGGACCAGUUGUGUCUCCCCAAGCCUUCCUUCUGUUACUGCAACUGCACAACCGCUAACAUCUUCAUCACAUCACCCAAAUCCAACAACACAACCAACCUGCAAACCUGCCAUCUGUGAGCUACUUAUGAGCAGUUUAUUCACCCCGUGCCACUCAUUCAUAUCCCCUGCACCAUUUGUGAGCUCUUGCACCUAUGAAAUUUGUAAUGGUGGUAAUGACACGUGCUCCAGCCUGGAGGCGUAUGCUGCUGAGUGUUCCAAUGCAGGAGUCUGCAUUGACUGGAGGAGUGACACCAAUGGACUGUGUGAGCACAGAUGUCCAAACAACAAAGUGUACAUGGCAUGUGGCCCCUCAGUAGAGCCCACAUGUAAUGACAGAUACAACAGGAAGUUUCAGGCAGAUGUGACAUCAUCUGCCAACUACACCCAGGAAGGCUGCUUCUGUCCUCAGGGCACCACGUUGUUCAACACAGUUUAUGACACAUGUGUCGCCUCCUGCGACUGUGUUGGACCAGAUGGAAAACCCAAACAGCCAGGGGAAACAUGGACCAGUGAGUGCAGCAGCUGUGAGUGUGACCAGGACUCCAUGAGUGUCCGCUGUGAGCCGGUGACCUGUCCUGAGGUCCAGAAGCCCAACUGCAGUGAACCCGGCCAGCAGCUGACCAACACAAGCCAAGGCUGCUGCACAACACAGACCUGUGAAUGCAACCUGAACCCGUGUGCUGGUCCUGUGACCUGCCCUCUGGGCUUCCAGCUUCACGUGUCCAACAGGACCUGCUGCCCGUCCUACGAGUGUGUUCCUAAAGGUGUGUGUGUCUAUGACAUGACUGAGUUCAAGCCUGGUGCCAAGAUACCAACACCUCAGACAGUAACAGAAGCUCCACUGGAGGAGGUGUCAUUUGCCGCAGUGUCAUCCGGGACAGGAGGAGAUGUACAGGAGGAGUCUUUCAUUCCUGCAGCCUGCCAGGAGUGUUACUGCAGCCCCGACACACACCCCACCACCAAACUCAACGUCAUCACAUGCAGACCUGUUGUCUGCCACACAAACUGCUCUGAAGGGUUUGAGUAUCAGCCUGCAGCAGGUCAGUGCUGUGGUUCAUGUGUACAGAAAAGAUGCAUUCUCACCACUUCUGGGAACAACACAGUCCAGAUCAUUGAGGUCAACAACACGUUUGUGCCACCUGGUGAUAAGUGUGUGCAAUACACAUGUGAGGAGAUUAAUGGACAGAUUGUGAUGAAGGAAACAAGGACCAGUUGUCCUCCCUUCAACCCGCUGGACUGUGAACCUGGAACUGAGACGACCGACGCCUCCGGCUGCUGCACAACCUGUCGGCUCCAGAGUGUCUGCCAGGUGGAGAGUCAGCAGAUCAUAGUUGAGGUGAACCACUGUGUCAGUGCUGUGCCGGUCAAUGUUACAUCAUGUGUGGGACACUGCAGGAGCUCAUCUAUGUACUCAGCUGCAGCCAACUCCAUGAUGCACCAGUGUGAGUGUUGCCAUGAGGCCACAACCAGCAUGAAGCAGGUGGAGCUGACCUGCGCUAACGGCUCCACGCUGCAGCACAGCUACAGCCAGGUGGAAAGCUGCCGCUGCAGGACGGAGACAUGCUCAGCGGGCGCCACAACCAGAGCCCAGCGCCGCAGGAGGCGCUGACCUGCUCCUCAAUCACACCAGGGAACAACUUUUUCAAACUUUAUAGCAUAAUAUGCUCUUCUACAGAGUCUGUUAGAAUUAAACUAUGUCUGUA